AUGCCUUCUCUUGCAAAGAAGUCGAUGAAUUUCAUUAGAGAUGUCUACACAGCUGCUUCGAACCCCGAUCGACCUCUUCUGCACCCGCAAGGGUUUCAACCGACCACUGGACUUUCGACUCAAUUCGUACAGCCCAAUAUUCCAUAUCAACAAUCUCCAUCAUCACCAUAUUUGCAACCAUUUCCAGUCCAAGGCCAAUAUCAACAGCCUCAAGGCUUGCAGACGCCGUAUUCUUCGCAAUAUCAUGGCCAGCAGCCGACCUCAUCAAACAACGCCUGGUCUACCCCAUUACCGUCCCAGGCUCCGCCUCACACACCAAGUCCAACGACGCCGUUGGUUCACAACACGUAUCUGAACCAUCCGUACAAUGCCGUUUCGCCAAAUGCGCCUCCGGGACAGUAUCAGCCAUAUGGACUUCAGCAGCCGAUCAGUGGUCAGCACAUGUUCAUCCCACCAAAACCGCCUCUUCCGCCGCGAGCACAGAGUCAACCAUGGCAGAAUGCUGAAUCUCUACUGGUUACGCCUGCCGCGCCUUCUGCGACACCGGGAUACUCUCCUCCACCGCCACAUUCCGCUCCACCAUCAGUUGCUACGUGUCACUCGAAUAAUGACCGCUUUCAACACCUGGCUGAGUUGCCCGCCACCCGGCCUGUACCACCUCCACUACCGCACAGGUCUCCUACUCAACAAGUACGUCCGGAGCUGCUACAUGAGGCUGAGCAUACAGUCCGGUCACAGAUGCAGUCGAGCAGUUCUCCCUCGCCAUCAGGUUUUAUGGUAAAUGACCUGUGGCCACCGAUGACCACCUACUAUGAAUUGCCUGCUGAGCCCGCCUCCAGCACUCAUGUCCAGCAACAUCAGUUUGCUCAUGCCGCCGUUAGUGCACCCACUUCAGGCCGAGUUGAGUUACCGGCUGCAAAUUACGGCUCCGAGAUACAAGAUAUACCUGCCCAGGAACGUCGGAAAAGCUCGAAGGCCCUUUCGGCGGCCGUCUCGACGGGAACUUCUUCUUCGAUCAUCUCACCGAAGGACCCGGGGUCCACCGCGACCGCCUCCUCACGGAUUCCUCCCACAGCAACGACUCCGGUUCCGGAAGAGACCUCGCCUCAUCUCAACAGACAUCACGAUGAUCGCCCAAAUUCAAGCUUGUCUACGGGAAGGCCCCUAACAGAGCCGUCAGAAAGUCCUAGUCUUCCGUAUCAAGGACCAAUAGUCGAAAGCAGGCCCUUCGAUGUUCACCAAAUGGCCGCUGUUCUUAACGAUAUACACCGUGCCAGUCCGAGGAUGCCCACCCCUUCAUCACCUGUUCCUGCGACAUUACGGUCUGAUAGCAAUCUUCCAUACCCUAAUGCCAUGGUCACCCCCCGACCUCCCUCGAAUGAAGUGGCUACAACAAUGUAUGCUCAGACACAUCAAGCUCAAACGCCAUGGAACAGCAUCGCUGCCCAGCUCAUACCCGUUGCAGCUCCAAAAAGCCCAGUGUCGCACAGCAUAUUGCAAAAUUACGAUCCUCGAUCGGCCGCAUUCGGGUCUGUUGUCGCCAAUCAGCAACCGUUUCCCAGGGUGGAUGCUCCUCAACAUCACUCUGAGCUACAUUCGGAGGCUCUUCGAGUUGGGGAGAAUGUGCAGAAGCCCAGAGUUCGCAAGAUAUUGUGUCUCGACGGAGGAGGGGUGAGAGGUCUAUCGGAGCUGAUCAUCAUUGACCACCUCAUGGAUUCGCUCGCGCAUGUACGAGGCGCGAGGCUUGAACCAUGGCAGGAAUUUGACAUGAUUGCAGGUACGAGUACCGGCGGAUUGAUCGCCCUCAUGCUUGGUAGACUCCGUAUGUCUGUCAAAGAUUGCAUCAAAGCGUACAAGGAGAUGUCCAAGGAGAUCUUCACCCCAAGCCAGCGAACGGUCAACCUCGCCGGGAGAUCCAUUGACUUCUUGCACGCAAGAGGCCGAUUCAAGAGCGAGCCUCUGGAGAACAGUAUCAAGCAGAUGCUCCGAUUCCUUGGCCGUUCUGAGGACGAGUUACUUGCGGAUCGCGAUUCGGAUUCCCCGGCGGUUUUUGUCUGCGCUGUAGAGGGUAUCAAUAGCGACGCCGUGGUGAUCAGGUCGUAUAAGAGCAGGGAAUUCGAUGACCUCAAGGAAUGCAGGAUCUGGGAGGCUGCACGAGCCACAUCUGCAGCAUCGAGAUUCUUUGAUCCGAUCAAGAUUGGGGAUCGGCUGUACGUUGACGGUGCAUUGAAGCACAACAACCCCAUCGAAAAGGUUGAUGAGGAGUCUCGAGGAUUAUGGCCUGGAGAGGAGCGGAUCAUCGUCAGCAUCGGAACAGGCUCGGCUCCAGGGCCUGAUGUGACUGGGGACCUGAAGGCUCUCGUUGACGCGCUUAAAAAGAUUGUCACAGAGACGGAAGACACCAGUAAUGCGUUUCGGAAACGGAACAGAGAUAUGGUCAACGCCGGACAUCUUUAUAGGUUCAAUGUCUUUCAUGGUCUUGCUGAUGUCGGACUGGCCGAACACGAAGCCGUUGGAAAAAUCGGUGCCCAUACAGGUACUUAUCUUCGUCGAUUCGACACCGCAGCUGAUAUAGAACGAUGCGCCAAGUCACUGAGUGAGAGCGGUCAGCGGCUAGGCUACAUCGCUGGCGAAGAAUUGAAGACAUACAAAGAGAUCAAACGAGUCUCGGCUCUGAGAUGCGAGUUCUGUGAACAAUGUCAUACAGGAAUUCCGUAUUGUGAUGGUCUCUUCAUGUGUCCUGAAUGUAGGAUGAUUAUCUGCAAAGAGUGCCAUCCAACUCACGACGAAAGCCAUAUGCGCAAGCUCCUACGAUUUCGCACGAUGCAGUGGCUGCCGAAUGUCCCUGGUGUCCCAGAUGCCGCUUCAUGUUGGCAUUGCGCGCAGGACUCGCCAAAGUCCAGGUGGCAAUGUGACAAGUGCCAGACAUCGCUUUGCCGACGUUGCGCAGGCCACGUAGAACGACGAGAUGCUUUUCUGAAAGCUCAUGCACAGCAGAACCCAGAUCAUCGCAGCUUCUGGGCGCUCUAUCCGCAGCAUUGGACCACGACAACAAGAUGGAUCACAGAUCGUUGCCCGUGUCAGGAUACUGGGCCUUUCGCAGGGCAUUGCGAGCGUUGCCAUGGCGUCAUCGUGGCUGGCUCACGAACGUACAGUUGUCGGACCUGCACGGCUGAGUUUGGUUCCACGCAGGCGAUAUGCACCAAUUGCUAUGCCCAAGAGGACCAGAAGCACCUUUCAGCGCACCAAUGGAUGACGACGGACUUCAUCAUCUCCCCUGGUGGAAUGGACGUGCUGACGCCGGGGGCGAGAAUAGCCUUCAGCUGUACACAGUGUCCUGGCCAAGAGAUACUUGAAGGGCUGGAACACCUCCAUCCGCAUCCUAAUCUGCAAUUACUGCUCAGCCCGCUCCUGGUGGAGCUGUGUGCAAUAAAUGCGCAACAAGCAUGCCAGCCUGACCGGAUUCAAGCAGAUAGAGCCCGUUGCAUUGAUCCCACGACGGUUCUUUGCAUGUCUUGCCUCACUGUCCUAUGCUACGAUCAACGCGCGUCCAUCUGCUUGACCAAACAAUGCACCUGGGCUUAUUGUGGCCAGUGCACUUCUUCGAAGCGCGUCCGUCACCGGCACAGGGUAUACGAGGUCAUGGUGAAUCGACCGCCGUCCGGAGCCACCAACAUGAUCAAAUGCUGCAUCUGCACCCAAGCAUUUAUGGCUUGCAAUUUCCAGGGCCUAUGGUGUGGAGACUGCAAUGAUUUCGAUGUCUGCUUGCUGUGUGUGGGCAAGGUCAGUGAGGGCACGUUGACGUUGUCGGAUGGACUGCCUCAUAUGAAGCUUUUGAAACAGUGCAAGACCCGCAGUUGGUUCUGGUACAUGAAGAAUGCGUGA